GCAGCAUGGUGCAUCCACAUGUCAAGAUAAGAUAAAUAAGCAAAGUCCACGAGAAUAAUGAAUAGGGAAAACCCGAAUCCAGAUAUUUCCCCCACUCAUACAGGUUGAUUGAGAAAAAGAGGAAAAGAGAUGAGCUAAGCAUGUCCUUCAAACAGAUACUAUGAUACGGUGGUCUGUUUGGGAUUAAGGAAACAAAGUUCAAUUGGUUUUGUGUGAAUUGCGAAGACAGAGGUGGUGGAUCCGGGGGGAAAUGGAGGGUGGUGACUCGAAUUCAGGUGUCAAAACGGCGUUGUUGACCAGCGGUGAGAACGGGAAACGUGUUCGGUUCGUUCGGCGUAACUCGGUGAACUCACUCAGGAAUGAUUUUAUGUUAAGGUUGCCUGAUAAGGUUCGGACUGGUCUUGAUGCUGAAUCUCCUUUUGACAUUGAUGUUUCCAGGACCAAUGGCUUAACUCAAGGUGAAAAGGAAUACUACAAAACACAAUUCGAGACCCUAAAAUCAUUUGAAGAAGUUGAUGCCAUUGGUCACUCUGAAACCAGUGAUGAUGAAUAUGAAGAUGAAGAACGAAUCCAACAUGAAAGAGCUAUGAAAAUUUCUAAUUAUGCAAACAUUGUCUUGCUAGCUUUUAAGCUCUAUGCUACUAUAAAGAGUGGUUCCAUAGCCAUUGCAGCAUCAACAUUAGAUUCUUUACUCGAUCUCAUGGCCGGUGGCAUACUUUGGUUCACUCACUUGUCGAUGAAAAACACAAACAUCUACAAGUAUCCAAUCGGAAAACUACGGAUACAGCCGGUCGGCAUUGUCAUAUUUGCUGCAGUGAUGGCUACACUAGGGUUUCAAGUGUUAAUCCAAGCAGUGGAACAGCUAAUAGCAAAUGAACCUACAGAGAAAAUGUCUGCAGAUAAAUUAGUGUGGUUAUACACCAUAAUGUUGUCUGCUACAUUUGUGAAACUUGCCCUUUGGAUUUACUGCAAAAGCUCGACGAACAAGAUCGUCCGAGCUUACGCAAAGGAUCACUAUUUCGAUGUGGUAACAAAUGUAGUAGGAUUACUUGCAGCUGUUCUGGGUGAUAAAUUUUAUUGGUGGCUCGAUCCCGCCGGUGCUAUCGCUCUCGCAAUUUAUACGAUAACGAAUUGGUCAGGAACUGUUAUCGAAAACGCCGUUUCGCUAGUAGGACAAUCAGCUCCACCGGAAUUUCUACAAAAACUGACAUACCUCGUCAUCAGACAUCCGCGAGUUAAGCGUGUCGACACGGUCCGCGCUUAUACCUUCGGUGUUCUUUACUUCGUAGAGGUUGACAUUGAACUGCCUGAAGAUUUGCCAUUAAAAGAAGCACAUACCAUAGGUGAGACAUUGCAGAUAAAGAUCGAGAAACUUCCAGAAGUUGAACGUGCAUUUGUUCAUCUUGAUUUUGAAUGUGAGCAUAAACCAGAGCACUCUGUUCUUAGCAGGCUACCAAACAGUAAAGACUAAAGUGGUUUUUUUUUUUUUUUAAUUGGGAAAUUUGUUUGAAAAAAAUUAAUUAAUUAAAUAUUGUUGAGAUAGAAUUAUGUUACUCGAACUCGAAUCUAAACUUAUAUUGUUUUGUUUAUUAAAAAUUUUAUGUUAUUUCUUUUUUAAUUAAAUGUAUAUUUAGUUGUUGAUUGAAUUUUAA